CCUCUAGUGCUCGGCCACACCAUGGCAACUUCCCAUCUCUCUCUCUUUCUAGUCGCUCUCUCUGCCAUUUCUGCUUCUGCUGAUGUGCUUUGGAACAUCGACUGUGGGUCAUCCGACACCUACAUCGAUGGUAACUUCAUCGGGUGGAUAGGGGACAACGACCUCAUACAGAACGGGCAAUCCGAGGUAGUCCAGUCCAGCAACUCGGUCGACCACGUGAUGAGCACGUUGAGAGUGUUCACGACCAGGAAGAAGAACUGCUACUCUCUCGAGGUCGAGAAGGGAGGCCAGAUAUACGCCCGGGCAAGCUUCUACUACGGGAACUACGACCAGAAAUCGGCUCCCCCGACCUUCGAUUUGCACUACGACGGGAAUUACUGGACCACGGUCGAGACCUCGAACGACCGAGUCGUUUACUACGAGACCACCUACGUUGUCAAGGGAGACUCCAUGAGCAUCUGUGUUGCGCAGACGCAGCCUAACCAGUACCCCUUCAUGUCGGCUCUCGAAGUGCGCAGCUUGGGCGCCAACAUGUACAAGCACGUCGAUUCCAACUACGCUUUGUACUUGAAAGCUAGGGUUGCUUACGGAACAACUAAAGAUGUUAGGUACUCAGCUGAUGCUUAUGACCGGAUCUGGCAACCCGCGGCUAUAGGGACCGGAUUGACUGUGGUCGCUAGCGAUGCAUUGUUCAUAGACAUAACAAGCAUCGAUGAUAAUCCUCCACAAGCAGUGAUGCAGAAUGCAGUUACCACCUCUAAAGCAUCGGAGUCCAUUCAAUUGACCAUUGAUUCUCCGGCAAAAGCAGUCCCCAUCUACAUGAACUUGUACUUCUCUGAGGUCACUCAGCUUGGCACGACUCAAAAGAGAUCGUUUGAGCUUUAUGCUGAUGACAAGCCUCUCCCGAACCCGGAAAUUAUUGUCCCACCUUAUGGGACCGUCACCGAGAUGUGGCUCACAAACUUUAGCGCCUCUUCCAACACUUCAUUUUCCUUGGUGGCGACCUCGGAUUCUACUCUUCCUCCGCUCAUAAAUGCCAUGGAAGUGUUCUAUGUUGAUGCUCUCACUGAUGGAACGAACAGCAAAGACGUGGAUGGAUUAUCCUCUCUUCAAACUGAAUUUACCAACUUACAAGACUGGUCUGGUGAUCCUUGCCUCCCUUCUCCAUACACCUGGGAUUGGCUCAACUGCAGCAGUGAUGCCACGCCUCGUGUGACAGCAUUGUAUCUGAGCGGAUAUGAUCUAUCGGGACAGCUUCCAGAUUUCAGUUCCAUGGACGCAGUUGUGACGAUAGAUCUGCACAAUAAUAGCUUGAGUGGAUCCAUUCCAGACUUUCUCGGCACAUUACCGAAUCUCAAAGAAUUGAACUUGGCCGAUAAUAAGUUGACUGGGCAGAUCCCUUCCUCGCUGUCCAAAAACAACAAAAUUAAAUUAACUGUAUCGGGUAAUCCGGAGCUUUGCGUCUCGGGCAAGUCUUGCAAAACGGAUGUGACAACUACUGGCAGUGGAUUGUCGGACACACCAUCGACAUCCUCAGGCAAGAAGACUAGCAAGCUCCCCGCAAUUCUUGGUGGCACUAUUCCUGCUUUCUUCGUCAUCUGGAUUAUUGCUGGGGUCGCACUUGUCCUACACCAGAAUCGCAAAAGAGCAGCUAUCACUGCAAUGACUGCAGGGCAAACAGGAGGAGCGAACACAAGUAAUGGCAGACCGCAGGCAAUGGCAAACAAUGGCCAGAUGGGAGAGAAAUUAGGGCAAGUAGCAAUGAAUGAGUUCAGAGUCAACAUGGAACAACAAAUGAACAACGAAAUCAGCGAGUUGAUCCAUGAACAACUUCAAGACCAUGACAACCGUGGCGUCAGAAACGACUGAAUUUAAAUCCACUUUUCUUUACCAGUUUCAGUUGUAGUACUUGCACCAUUUUUUGUCAUAGUUCCAACCAAAGAAUGUAUUUAAGUUUGUAGUUAUGUUAAGCUCUCUCGAGCAUACAGCAAAGCUGUAUGCCUGCAGGCCUUCCUCUCCAUUUUCUUUUUCUUUUUUACUUGCUAUUUC